CUCCUUCCAGGCUCUAUCUCGCCCGAUCUCCUGGGAGCCCAAACGUGGGCAGAAUGGCUCAGUCUGAGAUCUUCUCCAAGAAGCCCAGCAAACCAGUGAUCUAUAAGGUCCAAGUGGCCACGGGAAAAGGUCUCUUAACGGGGACCUUUGACACUAUCUCCAUCACUCUGGUGGGCACCAGUGGAGAAAGUCCCAAGCACCUACUGAACCGGAUCGGAACCAGCUGCUCUCGCGCGUCGGUAGAUGAACAUGAAGUUCCCUGUGACCACGAGUUGGGCUCAAUCCUACUGAUUCGUCUGCAUAAGGACCCCUACUCCUUUUUCCCAGAGAGCAGCUGGUUCUGUGAUGCCGUCCGGGUGACGUCGCCAAGCGGGCGGAUCUAUAAGUUCCCCUGUUACACCUGGAUCGAGGGUUUUUGCACCGUCUCCUUCAGGGAAGGCACAGCCAAAACGCCUUUGGAUGACGCUCACUACCUCGAGCGGAAGCACCGUCGAGAAGAGCUGGAGAUGAGGCAUAUCAGAUAUGGGUGGAAGGAAUAUAUCCCAGGAACUCCGUGGUGUGCUGAUAUCGACACGCCUGAGUCAAUCGAGUAUAACAUCCAGUACUCGUUCCCCAAAUCCUCCGCCUUUUUCGGGCGUGGGACCAUGGCGCUCUUUGAAGCCAAAAUGAAAGGCUUCCUAGACAAGCCUUAUUCCUGGGCGAAGCUAGAGGACAUCCGCAAGGUCUUUUGGUUCUACCACACCCACCUCACAGAGUAUGUGUUUGAUCACUGGAAAGAUGACGAUUUCUUUGGCUAUCAGUUCCUGAACGGAAUCAACCCAGUGAUGAUCCGGAAAUGCACUCAAAUCCCAGACAACUUCCCAGUGACGCAGGAGAUGGUGGCUGGGCCUUUGGGGGAAUCCACCACCCUCCCAGAAGAGCUGAAGAAAGGGACCAUCUACCUAGUGGAUUACAAGAUCCUAGAGGAUAUCCCCACCAUCCUGGUGAAUGGUAAAAAACAAUAUAUUGCUGCUCCUCUGUGUUUGCUGCAUGAAAAACCCACUGGAGAAAUCAUGCCUAUCGCCAUCCAGCUCAACCAGCAUCCAGGCCCCCAAAACCCCAUUUUCUUGCCCACCGAUGAAGAGUGGAUCUGGAUCUUAGCGAAGACGUGGGUGCGGAACUCUGAGUUCCACGUCCACGAGGUGGUUGUCCACCUCCUCCGUGGCCACCUGAUGGCGGAAAUCUUCACCGUGGCAACCCUGAGGCAGCUGCCGAUGUGUCACCCGUUGUACAAGCUUUUGAUCCCUCACCUCCGGUAUUCGAUCCAUAUCAACGUGUUGGCUAGAACGUACCUCAUCAGCCAAGGAGGAACCUUUGACCGGGCCAUCGCGAUCGGACGCAAAGGCCUAGCGGUGCUUCUGAGCAAAGCCCUCAAUAACCUGACCUACACUGAUCUUUGCCUCCCAGAUGAUAUCGAGGCCCGGGGCGUCAGCUCUCUUCUGAAUUACUACUACAGAGAUGAUGGGCUGAAAAUAUGGGAUGCCAUUAAGAGCUUCGUCUCCGGCAUUGUUGAAGUCUACUACAAAAACAAUUUAGCUGUCCAGAGAGAUUGCGAGCUGCAGGCCUGGGUUUCUGACAUCUUCACGAAGGGUUUCCUGGCCAAGCGGUCAUCAGGCAUUCCUUCCUCCAUCCAUUCCGUCCCAGAACUCAUCAAGUUUCUGACCAUGGCGAUAUUUACCUGUUCAGCUCACCAUGCUGCAGUAAAUAGUGGGCAGUUUGAACUGGGGGCCUUCAUGCCCAACUUGCCUUCAUCCAUGAGGAAGCCUCCACCCCAAGCCAAAGCCCCAGUGACACUGGAAGAAUUCCUGGACACCAUUCCUGAGAUGAACACCACUAGCCAGGUCCUUUCUGUCCUCUGGGUCUUGCGCAAUGAGGAUUUUGACAUGAAACCGCUGGGCCAAUACGACGAGGAGCAUUACGUUGAGGAAGACCCGAAGCGGCUCAUAACAGCUUUCCAAGAGCAACUGGCACACAUCUCUGAGGAAAUUCUGAAGAGGAAUGAGUCGCUGAAGUUGCCUUACACGUACCUCUAUCCUCCCAACAUAGAGAACAGCACGGCAAUAUAGAAACCCGGUUUUGCCAUCCAGUGCAUGUUUCUGGACCACAGUGAUUGUGCGCUGAGCUUCUUGCCCUGCCCUAUUCCUUCUGAGAGGGAGGCCCUUAAGAGUAGGCCCACCACGCAAAUCCCUUUAUAGAGAGCUAUAUCGAGAGCAAUGUAUGAUCUGUAUUCAGCACAGCGCAACAGCGGAACCUGCAUCAAGGCAACAGAGACUGCCAGGUUGCAACUGGAAGGUUCACACAACAGUUUUAAAAUCACCCACGAAGUAGGAGAUGAGGGAGUGGAGCAUCUCUUGUAUAUUUCCCACCCUCCACCCCAGUAAUUUUAUCUGUUGCUUCUCCCACAGGCUCUGAAGAGAGUGGGAACGGGGUGGCGGGUGAAAUGAAACCAGAGAAGAAACAAUUACGGAUCUCCAGGUUACAAACCGGCCAUGUGGUUUAUAAAGCCACAUUUUCUUAAAAUUUACAGGGAGGGGCAAGAUGUGAGAUUUUUAAACGACAUGGU